GUUAAUAUAUGUAUAAGUGCUCGAGGAAUCAUCGAUGGGAAGAAGGGGGAGAGAACAUAAAUGGAUUUGCGGUAAUCUGCUUUCAGCUAUACGUGAGCCUACAGUGUUAGUGAGAACAUCUCGACAUUAACAAUUGAAUUUGUAAGCGCGUCUCUUCCAUUAUAAGAGAUCGGAUGAGGAUUAUGGCGAUAAGACAGAUAGUCAUUUUAUCUGCUUUGUUCGCCCAAACUUUAACCGCCCCAAGUGGUUGCAUAGAAUCUUGCGACUUCUAUCGAACAUCCUAUCAAAGCCGCCACGCUACAUUGGGCGGUUAUCAGGAUCAUGCGGGUUUAGUUCAAGGUAGUACAAAUUUGAAUAAUUAUGAUUACACCAGGCCAGGAAAUUGGACCGAACGUAAUCAGUACAAUACGGAUAGCGGACAUGGCAAGGUUCACGAAGAACGGGGACAGUAUGUGGAAGGAUCAAAGAGAGUACGGUACUACAAGAAGAAUUUUACAUCAUCUUACGGCACGGGUAAUGUAGAUGGGGAAACAGAGUUAAGUGGCCAACAUAGAUAUGAUUCAUUACACAUUCCAAGUAAUCAACAUUUCGAGUCCCAGGUUGGGACGCAGUUAGGACAGGUUACGAAGGAGAGCGGAUACAGUAGAAUGCAUAGUCAACAAUCGUCUACAAGAAUCGAUAGUAAAAGCGAGAGACUUGAGGAUUUUGGGGAAUACGGCGGACAUUCGCAACAACACGGAGUUAACAUUCAAACAGUAGAGACCACACCGGAAAAUUGGAGCAGAGUAGAUUCUCAUAGGACCGACGGUGGUCACGGACGCGUCUUUGAGGAGGAAGGCCAAUAUGUAUCCGGGCCCAAAAAAGUCCGUUAUUAUAAGAAAAAUUACACCUCCAGCUACAGUACAUCAGGUGACGCUGUCUCGCCGACGCUGAAUAAGUUACACAGCGAACUACAGAAGAAUGUGCACGAAGAACUUGAAAAGUUGAGACAAGAUUUUCAUCAUCAUACCGCCAGCACCACAGGUCUAGCUCAGGAAGCGGUUCAUAGCUUCCACAGCAAUGAUCUCCAGACUGCCGAGAGUGAAAAUUCUUACGGACAACAGCAAUUAUCAGGUUACCGGCGCAUCCCAUCUAUUGAAACUGUCCGUCACUAUACCGAUCAACAGCAGACGGAAAUUGCUGAUACAGGAAGACAACGAACGGUAUAUCCCAUCCCGACUACUUAUGACACGGAAAGCCAAAGGACCUAUCAGGGUCAUGAGACUUAUGUAUCUCGAGCGCAUCCUAUUCCACAAUCGAAUCCUCUGUCUCUCAGUUAUCCGGUGCAAGUUACUGGAGGUAAUUAUCAAUCGGCGAGUUACUCGCAUUUGGGCGGACGUCAAGUAGAUGAAAUCCAACGGUCGGAAAUCUCGGGUGUGCAUCAGUCUGGCGUGGCGCAGAAUCGACUCCUCACCGAACGCGUGUACAACCCGAACCCGACUUAUAGUGUUUAUCCCGGCAGACGAGAUGAGACCAGACACUACCAGGAAGAACACUGGCAAAGUUCCUCGAGUCACAACGGAGGAAAUUUAGCUCCCGAACGUAGCGCGGACCUCACGUCGCACGGGAUUGGCAGUAGAGCGCAUUAUGAUCGGGAUGCAUACAAUGAGCAACGUGGUCGUUAUCAUAGCACCGCACAUGGAUACGACUCUCGUGUCGGAAGUAGUUACAGUUCCGGAUACGGAACUGGCUCAACGGGACAACAACUUGUCGCUGCCGGAUCAUCUUUAGACCUGGGGCGAGGACACAACGCAGAUUGCACCGAGGAGUCUCACCAACAUUAUCAACACGAAAGUAGAUACCACAGAAAAUACAAACGAGACGUGCAACAGAAUCAGGAAUUUGAACCAGAUUCGAAACAAUGGGAUCUGACACACGCGAGUAAUCAGCAAUCAGAAGACUUUACACAACACGAUGAAGAUUUUACGCAGCAAACAGAAGGUCAACUCGAAUUCGGCCAACAAACUGUCGACGAUCAGCAUCUAAAUGAUUUCACAGAGCAAAGUGAACAGGCACAACAGACGCAAGGAUCUAAUCAUUUCACACAAACAAGUGAUAAAGUCAAUUUCGGGCAACAUAUUGUUGGUGAUAAACAUUUAGAUGAUUUAACACAACAAAAUGAACAGUUCACGCAAGAGACAGAAGGUCAACUCGAAUUCGGACAGCAGACUGUUGAUAAUCAACAUCUGACACAGCAUAGCGAACAAUUUUCACAGCAAGAAUCUAAUGAUCAUACGCAACAAACAAGUAAACUCGAAUUUGGACAGCAAAUUGUCGGCAAUCAGCGCUUAGAGGAUUUAACACAACAAAAUGAACAGUUCACGCAAGAAACAGAAGGUCAACUCGAAUUCGGACAACAGACUGUUGAUAAUCAACAUCUGACACAGCAUAGCGAACAAUUUUCACAGCAAGAAUCUAAUGAUCACACGCAACAAACAAGUAAACUCGAAUUUGGACAGCAAAUUAUCGGCAAUCAGCGCUUAGAGGAUUUAACACAACAAAAUGAACAGUUCACGCAAGAGACAGAAGAUCAACUCGAAUUCGGGCAACAGACUGUUGAUAAUCAACAUCUGACACAGCACAAUGAACAAUUAAUGCAGCAAGAUUAUGAUGAUCUCUCGCAACAAAGUGGUAAACUUGAAUUCGGUCAGCAAACUGUUAGCAAUCAACAUUUGGAGAAUCUAAAGCAACAAACUGAACAAUUUGAGAUAGCGGGAUCCGAUGAUUAUACACAACAGACGGUAGGUAAAUUGGAAUUUGGACAACAAACUGAUGAUACUCAGCAACAAACCGAACAUUUUGUGCAACGAGCUACAAGAUCCGAAGAUUUAACGCAGCAAACGAGUAACGGUAAACUUGAAUUCGGACAGCAGACUAUUAAUAAUCAACAGUUGGAAGACUCAACGCAGCAAAUUAUCGGUAAAUUAAAAUUGCAAUCAACAGAUAAACCUACCAAUCCAAAAAAUCAACAUUUAGAGGAAUUUGACAGUGAAGAUUUUUCUCAACAUACGAGUGGACACGAUGAUUUUACACAACACACAAUGGGUCAAUUAGAAUUUGGACAGCAACAAUCCAAUAAUCCAAAAAUCGGUCAAUAUUCAGAAGAUUUUACUCAGCCGAAUGAAGACUUAACCCAACACGUUGGAGGAUUUGAUGAUUUUACGCAGCAAGGACGCUUGGAAUAUGGACAACAAAGAGAGCAAUCUCAAAAACUUAGCUGGCCAGAGUACAAUACUCGACACUCGGAACAUUUUUCUCAACAAGAUGGUUGGAAUGCAGGUGAUCUUUCACAACAAUCAUAUCAAUAUCCAUCCUAUAGCAAUAAUAAUGAACAGUUAGAAUGGCAAUCGGGUAUGUCGCAGAAAACGGAGCAAGAUUUUACUCAACAAACUAAUGACGAUGAUCGUCAAUUCGCAACAAAACCGGCACCAAAACCAAAGCCGAGACAACGAUAUCAGAAACACGACUCCAUUUCAUCGCAUACGGAUGGAACAGAUACGAAUCUCGACGAUAUUUUUGAACCGAUUGAAGUAAACCCGGAGGCUGAUAUAGAUAAUCUCCAAGAAAAAGCUGACCAGUACAGUAGUCGUCUAACACAUUCCAGAUCUGAUCAUAGAUCGAACAUUCUAAAUGCACAAAGUCAAACAAGCAGUAUAUUUGACAACGAAAAAGAAAACAUGGAUCGUUUGCAUUGGCUACAUAAAUCGAACGAUGCUACAGUAGGACUGCAGUGGCAUUACACUUAUCAUCCAAGCGACCUAACUAACAUCGAAAGUUCGCACAACAGUUAUCCGCAUCAUAAUGUCAACUCGAUGUCGCAGCAAAUGGAGGAUACACAGCAACAACAGCAAUCAAGACCAUUUGACUUUAGUCAACAGGAGACACAAGAUAAGCAUACAUUUGAAGAUGCCCAUGUUUCUCAAACAUCGCAAGCCCAACAUAAUGAAUAUAAUCAACAGCUAGGGUCAUUUCAACAAACUGAGACACCUCACUUUGACAGUCAGUUUAAUAAGAAUUCUGAACAAACCCCAUUAAGAGUAAUACCGUUGCAAAAUUUGCAACAGACUUCGAUGCAAACUACAGAACAGACAGAACACAAAAUAGAGUCGCGAAUCUUGGAAGCAUACGGCGGAGGGCCAUAUGAUGCAUCACGUAACGAUGACAUUUACAGGAGAGUCACGCCAAAUCCCAGUGCUACUUUGCCACCGCUUGCUGGUGAAGACCCAUGGGAUAUCAGGGAAAAGCCAAAGGAGAUAAUACCAUGGACAGUAGCAAAUACAUUGCCUGUAGCAAAUACAUCAAAUGUUAGGGAUGCAACUACAACAGAAAAGACAGAAAUUACAACACAGAUAACAGAGGAUAUGACAGUGGAAGCACCACCAUCUUUCUGGAGUAGACUUGGACAUAAAAUAACCAGAACAUAUGAUAAAGCUAAGGAAAAAGCUAAAGAAUACUUCGGUUAGGUAUCUUUCAUAUUCUUCCUACUAUUUAAAAAUUACUUAUUUAUGCAUAACAAAAUUCUAUUCUGAUUUUUUAUACAUUGAAUACAUUUUAUACAUUGUUACAUUUGUGAGUAACUAUCAGUAACAUUUGCAGUUACUAAUGAUAUCAAGACAAAGACAAGAAACAUGUAAUUAUGGUAUCACAAGUUUAUCACUUUAAUAUAUUCUGAAUUAGUAUUAUAAAACAUUAUAUUACUAUAAGAUAUUUUUCACACAUACAUUUUCUGUAAGUAAAAAUAUGUCAAGUCUGUACCUUUUGUAUAAUAUCAAGAUACAGAAAAUACAAAUUUUAUAUUCUA